AAUUGGCCGACUUUUGUAAAAAAGAAGGAAUUCAACUUCUUACUCACAGCGACCCAAUUAAUGCACUGAGCCAGGAGAAAAUAAAUAUGCUGAUUGAAGCAUUGGCAUCGCAUGACACCUUCAAGAGUGAGAGCUCUUCUGUCCAUUGGGAUUUAAAAUGGGUUGUUCGCUAUCAAGUUCAUCUGAAAAGUCGAGGAGUUGUAGCUACAAAGGGGCUAAUCGAUGGCUUUGGUCAACGGAUCAAGAUCAACUAUUUUGCGACAAGCAACUUCGGCAUGGGGAUUGUUAAAUGGAGUUAUAUGUGUCUACAAGCAGCCAGGAAUAUCAGUUGGAGCAACACAUAAAAUUUUGAAAAACAAAAUAUGCCAAGAUCUCAAUUCAAUGCAACGUAUCCCUAGACAAGAAGUAGUGCAGAUACAACGAGUUCCAAAGACUAAACCCAUCGGUGAAAUUCAUUCAAUAAACACUGAAGUGGACCAUGAAGUAAUAGGAGAAAUUGAUGAUGGUAAAGGGAUCAUCAGAAUUGUUAAACAGAAAAGCUUUGCAGACCACCCUUUACUAGUAGGACCAGGCUAUACAUGGCAGGAUGUGAAAAUUGCAAAUGCCAACAAGUUAGGACUCGAAUCUUCUGGCGUAAUGGUUCUCGGUAUCAACAAAGGACUGUUCCAAGCUCAGUUGAUUGAUAAGAAUAGAUGGCUGAAAACCUACGUAGUAUCAGGCCAAUUUGGGAAAGCCACCGACACAUUUUUUCACAGUGGGAAAGUACUCGAGAAGGCCAAGUUUGAGAAAAUUCAAAGGUUUCUUAUUGAUCGCAUGCUUGCCAGAAGUCAAGCGUCACACCAAAAAUUGGCUUUCGAUGUGGCAGGCGUUCGAAUGGACACUGAAAGAGCGUAUGAAUUAGCCAGUCAAGGUGUUGUUCGUGCUGCUACUGAAUCAUCCCCAAUUAUAUAUUCAGUUAAAUGUAUCAAAUUUGAUCUCCCUCAUUUCGACUUGGAAAUCAGCACAAUCAACGAAACUGAAAACUACUUGUGUCGAUUCAUUCAUGAACUGGGAUUAAAACUACAUUCAGUCGCUGUAUGUACAAAGAUAAGAUGCACAAAAGUCGGACCAUUCAGCUCAGACCUAGCAUUACUACAAAAGCACUGGAACCUAGAAUAUGUUUUGGACAACAUUAGUAAAACAUCAGAGAUUUUAAAGAACUUUAAUUUGUUUGAAAGGGAACCAAUGGUGGGGAAGGUCUAGAGCAUAAAAGGAAUAAAUAUUUUUGAUUUUCAUGGAACAUUUUUUAUGGUCCGUAUGAAUCUAAUCCUGAGAAUAAUA